CUUGGUGUUACCAGCCAUAUAUGAUCUAUAACAUAAAAUGAAUUGUUUCAGUAUGCGUUCUGUGUCACGAAAGUUUUUACUGCCACUAUCCUUCGAUGAAUACCUGCUUCACGCUGCUUUUUUCACGAGUAUUCAGGCUUUUAAUAUGGGAGGGUGGCCCUGUAUGCUAAAUCUCAUACUAGCCACUCUCGCCUCCACUUUGGCAAUAGCACCCAUCGGUCUUCUGAGCUUUCUUCUCCUCGUCUCAUUUACUUCGCGUCAAAUUAGGUGUCUGUCAAAGCAAAACCAGACCGUCAUAGGGAAGCCUCUCCUUUUUCCUGCCACGCUUGACCAUACUCGCCUAUCGCCAAUCAAAAACAAAUUCACCUUCAAUGUCUUAUUUGUCGGGAUACCGAUAGGACUCAGCUGCCGAUUCGGGCGACUGCUUGCCAUUGAUGCAGAAGAUGUGCAUGAGAAAAAUUGCAGUGAGGGAUCCCUAGUUCUAGCUUGGUUGAGGUCCCUCUUUUCCAGCUGGUUUAGUUUUGACUCGGCAAGAUACCUCCACCGCGGAGAUGGCACACUCAGCUUACAGAUCAAGUUACGUAAAUUUUUGAUGGAGCAUAAUGAAGACCCUGAUCAAUGGCCUUACGCGUAUAUGCUGAGCGUACCGCGGUUUUUGUGGUGGGAACGGAGCGUGGUGACAUGGUGGUAUCUUUAUUCACCAAGCAAGGAAUUAGAUGCGGUGAUUAUGGAGAUCAACAACUCAUUUGAUGAGAAAAGAAACGUCUUGUUCAGGGUACAGCGUACGAACACGAAUGCUGGAAACACAGCAGGGAACCAUCAACAACCCGUGAACCUUAAGGAGGAGUACUUAGAGAAGGGCGGAAGGGUAUGUUCGCUGAACCCGCAACGUGACACUUACGCCUACAAAGCGACCUGGAAGAAAGAGAUCUUCGCCAGUCCAUUCGAAAAGGUCGGAGAAACCGUAUCUAGCAUGUUCAUGGAUCCUGUAGCGCCUGCAUCAUGGUUAGCAAAUCGUUCUCUCUCAGACACGACCACUCUAGAUCCCUCUGGAAGUCCUAGAAUGAUAGCCAGGGUUAGGUGCAAGAUACCGCCCAUUGACCCGAGCCACGCAUCGUCUUUCCAGAUCUUCCGCCUCCUCUUGGCAUGGAGUGUAAAUAUCACCUUGACAACACCGAGGAUCCUCUCUAUAGCUAUUCGGCUUCACAUCAUGAACCUUAUGAGUAUGAUGGACCGACCGGAUAUACGGCCUGGGAGCGAGCCGAGACGGGCGACUAACGGGGAAAGGGCGCUAGAAACCUUCUUCCGAAACUACCUCGAACACAUCGUUGCCUCUUAUCCAGGGAACUUGGAAGUCACAUACAUACCUUGCAAGUCAGUAUCGAAAACCACAAUCUGUCUGAGAUCUAUACAAUACUCAAAAGGCAACGAUCCCAUGCAGCUGAAAUUCGAGGUUAUGGAUCCAGCCUUCUAUUCCCGAAUCGUCAAUUCUCCAAACGCAUGCAUUGCUAUGGCGAAGGAAACGAAGCCUGGAAGGUCACCUGCUGAUCCACUAUCCUCCCCCGUCAUUGCCUCCGAUAUACCUCUAAUCAUACAGCUAUUGGAUGUGGCCGUCAAAGAGAUCAGGGCUUAUGAUAAAGCCAGCUCCGGACUGUCAUCACUCAUAUUCUCUCUUCGCCGUUGGCUGACUCCCUCAUUCAUGGAUUCCUUUGUUUGCAAUGUCCUCCCGCCCCAUAUCCAAGAGCACUACAUUUCAUGUCUGAUGCAAAUAUGGGUGGAGAAAGUGACGUGGGACCUUCUGAGUCCUCAUCAGAUAUACAGCGUGAUCAGGGCUGCGGUGCUGCAGUGGGCUAUUUGCUGGAUACUGUUUCGCAUGGUAUGACAGUUCGGGUGCCUAGUGGUGAAGAUGUCACCAGAAGCAAGCUGAGGACACCGGGGCUUCUGGUAAGGCAAGGCCUGUCGCAUAAAUUCGAGACGACUGUCACGCGUGAGCUCAUGCAAUGUCGUAAUGUCAGAGAACACUGCCCAGGCAGUCAUCCAAUUUCGCGCACAAAAU